CGAAAAUCUUCACAGAUAUCUCCCAAGUUUCGUUUAAAUCUCUAAACGAAUAAAUCGAUAAAAAAAAAAAAGCCACGCGCCGCCGAUAACGAUGGCACGGCCCCAGUAUCUCCUAGUAACAUACCCAGCUCAAGGCCACAUAAACCCAUCCUUACACUUCGCAAACCGUCUCGCCGCCACCGGAGCCGACGUCACUUUCGUCACGUCGGUUUUCGGUCACAGACGCAUGGUACGAGCUACGGGUCACGAGCCUCACAUAUCCUUUGCUCCGUUCUCCGACGGCUACGAUGACGGCUGCAACUUCGGAGGCGACAACGGCCAGUACAUGUCUGAGAUGAGGUGUCACGGGUCCAAGGCCAUAAGAGACCUCGUCGUUUCGGCUCGAAACGACGGCCGUCCGUACUGUUGCAUGGUGUACACGAUUCUCAUCCCUUGGGCUGAGCUCGCCGCCGAUGAAGUGGGACUACCGUCGGUACUUCUGUGGAUUCAGCCGGCCACGGUGUUCGAUAUAUACUAUUACUACUUCCAUGGCUAUGGAGAUAUCAUAACAGAAAACAGCAAACGACACCCACCUGCAAAAACGAUACUCCCGGGACUGUCGUUGGAGUUUACUUCCCGGGAUUUGCCGUCGUUUAUGGACGCUGCGGAUACUUAUUCAUUCGCUAUUCCAAACCUCCGAGAACAAUAUGAGAUUCUUGAGAAGAAACAUAAACCGAAAGUGUUGGUCAACACUUUUGACGAGUUGGAAUCUGAGGCAUUCAGAGCCGUUGGCAAAGUAAAUUUGAUCGGAAUCGGACCGUUGAUUCCGUCAUCUUUUCUCGACGGUAAAGUUCCUUCUUCUGACUCGCAAGAGAAGUACAUAAAGUGGCUGAACUCGAAGCCCAAAACGACGGUCGUUUAUGUGUCGUUUGGGAGCAUGGCGAUUCUGUCUAAGCAACAAAUGGAGGAAAUGGCUAAAGGGUUAUUGGAGUUUGGCCGUCCUUUCUUGUGGGUCGUUAGAGAAAAGACUCAGAACGAUGACAAAGAUGAUGAUGAACUGAGUUGCAGAGAAGAGUUGGAUAAGCUUGGAAUGAUAGUGCCAUGGUGUUCUCAGAUGGAGGUUUUGUGCAACGAUUCAGUGGGGUGUUUCGUGACUCAUUGUGGCUGGAACUCGACGUUGGAGAGCUUAGCUUCUGGGGUUCCCAUGGUGGGGUUUCCACAGUGGUCGGACCAAGGGACCAACGCCAAGUUGAUCGAAGAUGUGUGGGGAACGGGGGUUAGAGUGAAGCUCAAUGAGGAAAAAAUUGCUGGAAAUGAAGAGAUCAAGAGGUGUUUGGAAUUGGUUAUGGAAGGAAAGAAAACUGUUGCGGUGGAUGGUGGGAAGGAAAGUUGGGUGGAAAAGAGAAGAAAUGCCUUGAAAUGGAAGGAUUUGGCUCGAGAAGCUGUUCAAGAAGGUGGCUCUUCCGAUAAGAAUCUCAAGGCUUUUGUGGCUGAGAUGAUUGAACAAAGUCGUAAGCUUGAUCUGUAGCUGUUCCCUAAUUAAUAUAUGGGCACACAUAAAUUAUACCCAAUCAUAUUUUCUUAAGAGCAAUGGUAGGUGGACCUAAAAUUUAUACCUAAAUAUUAUACACAGUGAUGUGUCACUGUUUUUUAAAACUGUGAGUCCCCGUUUUCAUAAAUGUGAUUGGUUAGGCUUCUACCACAUCAUUGUGUGUAAUGUUUUGGUGUAUAUUUUAAGUGCAUAUAUCAUUAAUCUUUACUUAAUCCUACUAAGUAAAAGUGAUUUGCCACAUAAAUUUGUGUAA